AUGUUUAGACUUGUCAGGACGCCUCCAGCGGCCGUGGCGGCUUGGAGACACCGCCUUGCAACUGCUACCAGCUUCCCUCGUGUUGCUGCUCCAUCUGUCCGUUCCUUCACCUCUUCGAUGCCUGCUUUCCAUGGGCAUAUCCAUAAACCUAACCCUGGAGAAGAGCUUCAUAUUACGUUUAUCACGAAGGACGGGGGGCAGCAGUCGUUUGAGGUUGCCGAGGGCGAUAAUAUCUUGGAUAUAGCUCAGGCUCAUGGGCUUGAUAUGGAGGGAGCUUGUGGCGGCUCGUGUGCUUGUUCUACAUGCCAUGUUAUCGUUGAUCCGGACUUUUACGAUGAGAUUCCUGAGCCUGACGAUGAUGAAAAUGAUAUGUUGGAUUUGGCUUUUGGCCUUACGGAAACGUCGAGGUUGGGCUGCCAGGUAAAGAUGACUAAAGAGUUGGACGGCAUCAGAGUGGCAUUGCCUGCGAUGACCAGAAACCUCCAGCUGAAGGACUUUAAUUAG